AUGAAACUUCCAGAACUGUUAAAACCGUUAGAAAACAAAGCUGAAUUAAAAGUUAAAGGUUUGGCAUUGUUUGGUAAAUUAAUAAGAACGAAAAAUGUAGAUAAACUACAGGGUGAAACCGUUAUACUUGGAGUUCAAAAAACAAACGAUGAUAAAAAACAAAAAUUACAAAUCAUUAAUAUAAUGAAAUUAGUUGUGUUUUCUGGUAGUAAUGAUUACAACAAUUCUUUUGAAGUUUUUGUUUUGUAA